AUGGCGCAAAAGGCCAAAAAGGACCGAGCCAGAUCCAACUCAUCAGCCCUCAACACCCUGCACGUCGGCUCUCUAACCGUCAACGUGCUCUUCUUAUUAUCGCACUGCCUCUUCCGCCCUCGGUCUCUCGUGGCUUACGGAUUUUUCCUCACACCCAGCAUCAUUUGCGAAUAUGUCCUGGAGAUGUCGGGCCGCCCCAAGUAUGAUGCCACCACGGGAGCUCUCAGGACUGCUGGGGAGGACCUCUCCAACCCUGGGUUGACCGAGUACAUGUUUGACGUUGUUUGGGUGACAUGGGCAUCCACCAUUGUCGUCAUCCUGUUCGGCAAUUGGGGAUGGCUGCUGUGGACGGUUGUCCCGGCCUAUGGUGUAUACCUUGGCUCCGGGCUCUUGGGCCUGGGCAGGCAGAAGAUGGCGGAGAUGCAGGGUGGAACUGGCGGUAUGGCUGCUCCUCAAGGGAAUCGCCGGGCACGAAGGGCUGCCUAA